AUGCUCAACCUCGCCCGUGGCCGCCGUAGCUUCGCCUGCCACCUCAAGCGCCCCGCGUCUGCGGUCGCCUACGCUGAGGACAGGGACGGCGGGGACCGGUUCGUCAUGGCUGCUGAGGAGAAGGUCGGCGUGCACGAUUCCGUGGAUGCUAGGAUUAUUCAUCAGAUGGACUGCGGCAAGAGGGUUCUCGCCAUGGCGCCUGCCAAGAAUGGAGUCCUUUACACUAGAGGCGAGGACCGUUGUGUUACUGCUUGGGAUCUGUCCAGCGGCAAGGUCUCCUCACGCAUUGAGGGUGCUCAUGCAACUCGUGUAAAAGGGGUUGUUGUUUUCGAUAAUCGCAAGGGUGGAUCAGAGCUCUCCAAUCUAAUUGCUUCUGCUUCGUCUGAUGGUGUCAUAAGGAUAUGGGACAUUCGGACAAUUGGGAAUGGAAAGCCUACUCUAUUAGCAGAGGCUAAUACAAAAGCAAGGCUAACUUGUCUUGCUGGAACGUCACUGAAAUGUAAGUCACAGAAACUUCAUAAUGUAGUGAGUAUUGUACACUAUCCUAACAAGUCCAUAACAGAAACUUCAUAA